AUGAUACAAUUGGAAAUAAUCUUAAUCUUCGACAAUUAUUUUUUUGACGAUUUUAAACGUUUUGAACAUUAUUCAUUAGAAAUUAAUACACCUGAUGGUCCAUUUUUAUUUGAUUAUUCAAAAAAUUUAAUUAAUAAAGAUAUUUUACGAGAAUUAUUUUCUUUAUGUCGAGAAUGUCAAAUUGAAGAACAACGUACAAAAAUAUUUCAAGGUGAAUUAAUUAAUUUUACAGAAAAACGUGCUGUUUUACAUACUGCUUUACGUACACCAAAAGAUGGAAAAGAAGUUUUAGUUGAUGGGAAAAAUGUUUUACUUGAUAUUCAUCGAGUUUUAGAACAAAUGAAACAUUUUUCUGAAUCGAUUCGAAAUGGCCAAUGGAAAGGUUAUACUGGAAAAACAAUAACAGAUGUUGUUAAUAUUGGUAUUGGUGGAUCAGACCUUGGUCCAUUAAUGGUUACAGAAGCAUUGAAACCAUAUGCCAAAAAUGGUCCACAUGUUCAUUUUAUUUCAAAUAUUGAUGGUACACAUUUAUGUGAAACUGUAUCAAAAUUAUCACCUGAAACAACAUUAUUUAUAAUAGCAUCAAAAACUUUUACAACACAAGAAACUAUAACAAAUGCUGAAUCAGCUAAAGAGUGGUUUCUUAAUCAAGCUAAAGAUUUAAAAUAUGUUGCAAAACAUUUUGUUGCUUUAUCAACAAAUACACAAAAAGUAACGGAAUUUGGUAUAGCUAAAGAAAAUAUGUUUGAAUUUUGGGAUUGGGUUGGUGGUCGUUAUUCAUUAUGGUCAGCUAUUGGUCUUUCUAUUGUAUGUGCUAUUGGUUUUGAUAAUUUUCAACAAUUAUUAGCCGGUGCUCAUGCUAUGGAUAAACAUUUUCAAGAAAUGCCAUUAGAAAAAAAAUUUACCACUGAAACACAUGCUAUUUUACCUUAUGAUCAAUAUAUGCAUCGUUUUUCAGCUUAUUUUCAACAAGGUGAUAUGGAAAGUAAUGGAAAAUAUCGAACAAAAGAAGGUAAACAAGUUGAUUAUACAACUGGACCAAUUAUUUGGGGAGAACCUGGCACAAAUGGUCAACAUGCAUUUUAUCAAUUAAUUCAUCAAGGUACAAAAUUAAUUCCAUGUGAUUUUAUAGCAACAAUUGAAACACAAAAUCCUAUACGUGAUAAUCUUCAUCAUAAAAUAUUAUUAGCUAAUUUUCUUGCACAAACUGAAGCUUUAAUGCGUGGUUUAACUGAAGAUGAAGUACGAUUAAAUAAUAAUAAUUCAACUGAUCAACUUCUUAUUUAUCAUAAAGCAUUUCGUGGUAAUCGACCAACAAAUUCAUUUAUUUUGCCACGUAUAACACCAUUUACAUUGGGAAUGUUAAUUGCUGCAUAUGAACAUAAAAUAUUUGUACAAGGACAAAUAUGGAAUAUUAAUUCAUAUGAUCAAUUUGGUGUUGAACUUGGUAAACAAUUAGCUAAAGUUAUUCUACCAGAAUUAGAUGCUAAUCAAUCGGUUACAGCUCAUGAUUCAUCAACUAAUGGUUUAAUUAAUUUUAUUAAUAAAUAUAGAAAAUGGACACCAAAUAAUAAAUAA